CCUUUCCCACCCAGAGAAAGCUGAGCAUUACCCAAAGUCCAACUCGUGCUUAGUGUGACGGACCGUGAAACCAUCUCUGAAGGCUAUACGAGACCGCUCUAUUUGUUCCCGAAGAGAAUUUACACCUGAACUGGAGCUCAGCGUGAUUCGCCAAGUUAUGCGUAAUAAAGCGCACCGCUCGUCGUGACGCAGCGUCACCGUUUUGGAUGUACAACUCUAACUGUAAAUCCGAUUUACUAAAGGCAACUUUUUCCUGAUGGGGAUUAUAAAUACUAUGAGGAUUUUGUGGGUGUUUGUUUUGUGGUUCGUUGAUUUAUCAGAUGCUGUGAUUGACUUGACUAUGAUCUCGACAGCGGAGGUCACCAACGUCAAUCACUUCUCCAUCUCUUGUAUCGCUGGAGAGAGCCACCCUGACAAGGUUGAGUUGGACAUCAAGAGAGACAACAAAAUCCUCAUAUUCCCCAGGAGGCCUAAUUUUAAAGUGUAUAAGCCCAGGAACGUGGAGGCUGUGGCCAGAGACUUUCGUGACCUGGAUAAUAUUGGCAUCUUCUUCUGUGAAUCUGCUCAGGGGGCUCCACCACUUGAGACUGUCACAAUGAUCAAUAACUUUCCCAGAGCAAGUUUUGUCCCAACUCACCUCACGCUGACUGCUAACAAAGGAGAGACAGUUCACCUCAGCAUGCAGCUACUCAGCUCCCAAAAGAGAGAUGUGACCUGGAAAUACAAUGGAAACUACUAUUAUAUGACUCACUGGACCGAUGUGAUCAAUCGCACUGCUGUUCUCACUGUGGAGAACGCAGCUUUUGCCAAUCAAGGCAUCUACAGUGCCAGCUACGUGGGGGACAGCCCUCUCCAGGGAGCUUGGAUGAGGCUCAUUGUCAGAGAUUGUCCCAGUAAGAAGUGGGGUCCGUACUGUGCCCAAGACUGUCCGGAGUGUCUCAACGGUGGAGUGUGUCAUGAUGCUGACGGACUCUGUAUCUGUCCACCAGGGUUUAGGGGGUCACACUGUGAGACAGCCUGCAGGGAAGGAAUGUUUGGCCCAAACUGUGGGGAGUCAUGUGGCUCUGAGCUGAACUGCAAGGGGCUUCGCUUUUGCCUACCAGACCCUUACGGCUGUUCUUGCGCCAGCGGCUGGUUUGGGAGCCGCUGUGAGAGGGCCUGCCAUAAUGACAUGUAUGGACCAGACUGCAGGCUGAGCUGUAAAUGCCAGAAUGGAGGAGUUUGCAAUCGUUUCAGUGGAUGCCAGUGUCCCACGGGGUGGAGAGGACAGAACUGUGAGAAGUCUGAUCUGGCUCCCCAGAUCUUGGAAUUGGAUAGUAAUUUGGAGUGGAAUCUGAACUCAAGCCCCAAGAUCUGUUGUUCAGCCACAGGCAACCCCCUGCCCAGCCACAACAGCAUUGAGCUGCGGAAGUUGGACGGCACUGUGCUAAAGGCCUCUCGCACCGUCAUGGACUCGAAUAAGAGUACAGCCCUGUUUGAGAUCCCUCAUCUGAGUGCUCAACAAGGAGGAUUGUGGGAGUGCAGGGUGUCCACCAAUGGGGGCCAGGACUCCCGCAAGUUCAACCUCACCAUUAAAGAGCCCCCUGUGCCCACUACUGCCCCCAGACUGCUGGAAAAAAGAAGCAAGCAGCUGCUGGUGAUGCCGGUGGACUCCCACAGAGGAGACGGCCCCAUUGUCUCAACCAGGCUCCUCUACAAGCCGGUGGAGAACAUAGGCUCUUGGUCCUCCAUUAUAGUUUAUAGUGACAAAGAGCCCAUUACGCUGAUGAACCUCAAACCUUCAACACGCUACCAUGUCCGUGUCCAGCUGAGUCGGCCUGGGGAAGGCGGAGAGGGGGCUAUGGGGCCAGAGGCCGUCAUGGAGACUGAUUGUCCCGGUCCGUCAUCCCCACGCAACGUCCAGGCCCUGCCUCUGUCCGUGUCAGCCAUCCAGGUGAGAUGGCAGCCCCCUGUAGAUCCCAACGGAGGCAUCAUCAAAUACAUCAUAGAAUACCAGACAGUCGGCCAGGGGAGUCCUCACCCUUGGGUGGACACAGAUGAUGGAAACAAGACCACCAAAGAUGUGACAGCACUCAACGACAGCACACUCUACCAGUUCAGAGUUAGAGCUUUCUCCAAAGUGCCCGGAGAGUGGAGCAAGUUUGUUGAGGCGAUGACACAAGGGGAUGGCCUUCAGAGUUUAACCCCGACCACCCAGGGUGUGGCUAGGAGGCCUCCUGGGGACAGUUACCAGCUGUUGGUGGCAGUGGUUGGCUCGGUAACUGUCACCUGUGUGACUAUCCUGCUUGCACUGUUGGCUCUUUUCUUCAUCCGCAAGACGCUGCUCAACCGUCGGCGCAAGUUCACCUACCAGUCUGGAUCGGGUGAGGAGACUAUUCUGCAGUUUAACUCAGGAACUCUGACGCUGACACGGAGGCCCAAGCCGACACCAGAGCCCCUCACCUAUCCAAUCCUGGAGUGGGAGGAUAUAAAGUUUGAAGAUGUCAUUGGAGAAGGCAACUUCGGCCAGGUCAUCAAAGCCAUGAUCAAGAAGGAUGGCAACAAAAUGAGCGCAGCCAUCAAGAUGCUGAAAGAGUUUGCCUCGGAGAAUGACCACAGAGACUUUGCAGGGGAGCUGGAGGUGCUGUGUAAACUAGGCCAGCAUCCCAACAUCAUCAACCUGAUCGGCGCCUGCGAGAAUAGAGGUUACCUGUACAUAGCCAUUGAAUAUGCUCCCUAUGGUAACCUUCUGGACUUCCUGAGGAAGAGCCGAGUGUUGGAGACUGAUCCCGCCUUCGCCAAGGAGCAUGGCACUGCUUCCACUCUCACCUCCCAGCAGCUGCUGCAGUUCGCUGUAGACGUGGCAACUGGGAUGCACUACCUAAGUGACAAACAGUUCAUCCACAGGGAUUUGGCAGCCAGGAAUGUCCUCGUAGGAGACAGCCUCGUGGCAAAGAUAGCAGACUUCGGCCUGUCCCGCGGAGAGGAAGUUUACGUUAAGAAGACGAUGGGGAGGCUGCCUGUACGCUGGAUGGCCAUUGAGUCUCUGAACUACAGCGUGUACACAACCAAGAGUGAUGUGUGGUCUUUUGGAGUUCUCCUCUGGGAAAUUGUAAGCUUAGGUGGCACACCGUAUUGCGGUAUGACUUGUGCGGAGCUUUAUGAAAAACUGCCACAAGGCUACAGGAUGGAGAAGCCCAAAAACUGUGAUGAUGAGGUCUACGAGCUGAUGAAGCAGUGCUGGAGGGAUCGGCCCUACGAGAGACCCCCCUUCUCCCAAAUCUCUGUCCAGCUCAACAGGAUGCAGGAGGCCAGGAAGGCUUAUGUGAACAUGGCUCUCUUUGAGAACUUCACCUACGCUGGGAUCGACGCCACCGCAGAGGAGGCCUGACUACCAGCCCCCCCAGACCCUAGUAUGCCACGUAGCUCCAAGAGGAAGUCCCGAGGAUGGUCGCCACGUUACUGCCACCACCCUGCACCUCAACGUCGAGACAGGAGGAUGAGGCGCUCUACCAAAGCCACCCAGCUAUAGAUGGAGGACUGUGAAAGGACACUGUGUGGAGGUAUCAAAGGCAUAAGGAGAUGAGGAGUAUUGCUGGGCCUUGAACGGAAAGAUGUGAUUGCUACUAACCUUUUGGGAAAUACCGCCCCCCCUCCAUCACUACAAAUCAGUCCCAGAAGAAAAGACACAACAUUUUACCUCUUGCUGUUACAAGAGUUAGAAUGCUGGACCCUUUUUUUCUGAGUGUUGAGGGGAAGUGGCAAAUACGGAGCUAUGUGACUUUGCUGAAACACCAUAGGGUCUGUGGGGACUCGACACUGGACUUUAUUUUCCCUCCAAUGCUCUAAACGGAGAAGGAAUUUUAUUAUUAUUGAAAAAUGAUAUUAAAAGGACACAGUGUGGAUCACGAAUAUUCCAGUUCUCAGACUGUUAGAAAAAGGAAGACAAAUACAAUGUAGCACUUAAAACCAGUCUCAUUCAUGCCAUCUGUGUCUUUAACUGUUUGCUAUCACUGCCAUUUGAAUGUAACUACUACUGUAUAUAUUUUGUAUUUUUUUCUAAAGGUCACAUAGAUGUAUCAAAGCCUCCUAUUCAAUAGUAGUCCGAGUAACAGACUAGUAUAGAUGAAACCAUGGUAGAUGCUCCAUAUGUUGCAUGCAAAGCUCCACCACAGGAGUAGUUGUUUGGAAAAUGCUGCUCACACAGGACAAAUGCACAGCAGUCUACCAGCUAGCAACAUUAUAGUUUACCUUUAACAUUAUGCAACCUAACGCAUUGUAUGGUAAUAUAUCCAUCAUAUGAGAUUGUACAGUAUGUUUUCAUUAAAUGGUUCCUCAAAUAAAAGGUUUUGUGUGUAGUGACCGGACUCAUCACCACAAGCAGUUUGCAUGAGUCCAGCUUCCAGUUUAGUUUCUGUGACACUGAGGAUGUUGACUUUGCCGUAGAUUAUUGUGUCUUUGUUGUUGUUGUUGUUGUUGUUGCUGGCUUGCUUCACAGUGAGCACGAUGGGAAACCACAGGCCCGGCUGCUGGGGGGCCAAAGUGUCCUUGGAGAGUCCAGGAACACUUGUUUCCCCUGCUGCACUGAGCUGAUCUGUCACUGGGUUUCCUCCACAAACCAACCGCAGGCACAUAACUGUCUGUCAAACACGGUCUCAGUGGGCCAGCUUCCUGAGGACUCCCACACGAAGACACCGGCUAUACAACAAUGCAAAUGUGUAAAAAAGGAACAACAGGGGCAUAACAUUUAUUUUUAUCCCUUGUCUGAAAGUGAGCUAAACAAUUAUUUAGAGUAUCAGACACUAGCUCUGUAGGCACUGCUGUAACUCCAUCUGUGACCUCAGCGCUCUGGUGCUUAUGUCCUGAUUUGGUCACAUAGUGUUUGGAAAAAUUCAUUUUACCUGCUAUCAAAAUGUAUUUCUUAUAUUUUUUUUUACCAACCCAACCUGCUAACUUUCAUGAAUUAGAGCCACUGAGCUUAUCGGUCAUCCAACAAAAAGAAGAGUGGGGGAGGAAAAUUAGACUUUUUGUCCAAGUUCUGUUUGGAAACAGUGAGGUGUGGGGGCUAGAUGAUAUCUUAAAAUGUGUGCUUUGUGUUUGUAGCUUGCUACUUCUCAUCGGACCCAACAGAUUUCACAGCUUAAUGCUUAAUAUAUCAAUAGGAAUGUCUAUAGGAACUUGUGAGAUCCUCCUCUGAGGCUCAUAGUGUCCAAAUAUCAUCACAAAAAAAAUCUUUAAUCUCCACUGAAUGUUAAACUUAAAAUGGCAUUCAAGUGAAUCAUGUGUUGGUAUUGUUGUUUGCAGUGUCAUGUAUACGGCUGCUUAGCACGGUAGGCUUAUCAUUUUAGAAAAUAAUGUGCGACUUGUUUACAGUUUGCAGAUCAGCUUCAUCAAACCCCAGCCAUCUAAGCUCCAGUGCGUUGGCAGACUAGAGAUUAUAUCACCCUGUGGUGAGCACCCAUCUGCAGUAUGUUUUCCUGGUACCCGGUAAAGUUCUCAUGCUCACAGGUCUAAGCUACGAACAUCAAACAGCAGCCGGAGUAUUUCUCUUUUGUUUUUGUAAUACCGUAAUGAAAUUAUUGCAUUUGUGGUUGACGCUGCAAGAGAGAGACCAAACAGAGGGGGGCUGCAACUGACGAUUAAUGU